AUGGACUUUGUUGAUAUUCCAGUACAUCGGCAAUACGCGGUAGGCCACCAACGCUACGGUCUAGGCCUAGGACCGUGUUGCCAACAAGAAGAAGUAGAACCAGAAGAGUAUUCCGAAAAGGACCCGGAAGAAGUCCAAGUUCCCAAUGAUCAGAUGACGGAAUCGAAAGUUAUCAUUAUUUCUGAUUCACCAGAUCCUCCAGUUGUCCCACAGCUUUCUGAAGUUGUUGUGAUCUCGUCAGAUAGCGAAGAGGGAGAAAGUCCUAUACGGAUGCCCUUUGUUUCCCAAGUGUUCCAGUCCCAGACGUCAACUCCGGAGCAAGUAGUAUCGGAGAUUACCUUACCACCAAGUGUGGAUCCUUACCCACACAGCACCGAGUAUUGGGAAAGAUACAUGGAAAGGCUUUGA